AGGGACCCCACCGGGCGUGCGGACUUCCUGGAGACGAGCCCCGGGGGCGGGCAGGGACCUGGCAACGGGCGCGGAGCCGCCGGGAUGAACGUCGGCGUGGCGCACAGCGAGGUGAACCCCAACACGCGGGUGAUGAACAGCCGGGGGAUCUGGCUGGCGUAUGUGAUCUCCGUGGGAGUCCUCCACAUCGUUCUCCUCAGCAUCCCGUUCUUCAGCGUUCCUGUGGUCUGGACACUCACCAACGUCAUACACAACCUGGUCAUGUACUUGCUGCUGCACACAGUGAAGGGGACCCCCUUCGAGACCCCGGACCAGGGCAAGGAUCGCCUCCUCACGCACUGGGAGCAGAUAGACUACGGGACGCAGUGCACCUCGUCACGCAAGUUCCUCAGCGUCUCCCCAGUAGUGCUGUACCUCCUCGCCAGCUUCUACACCAAAUAUGACCCCGUGCACUUUGUCGUCAACACGGCCUCCCUGCUCAGCGUCCUUCUGCCCAAGCUGCCCCAGUUCCACGGCGUGCGGGUCUUUGGCAUCAACAAGUACUGAGGCUUCCAGCGGAGCCGGGGGACGGAGAGGGGACGCCAGAGCGGCGCAAGGCACCGGCUGGAGAGCAGGGGUGAGGCGUGAGGAGGGCUGGGCGCGGGGCAGGGACCGCUCUAGCUUUUAGCCAGGGUUUUAGCCAGGUUCCUCCAUCUCAGAGAAGCUCCUCGCUGGGACCUUUAUCUCUUCGGUGAAGCGAGAAGCGCAGCUGAGCGGUACGGAGCGAGCAGUUGUGUCAUGUGCGUGUUUCCUUCAAGCUAACCUCCGUGUAACCCUGCAGAAAGCACUUAGGAGGGGAGAACUGCUGACUAGUGGGAAGAGUCACCCACCUACACCUCCCUCGUCCUCAUGUUUUAUAGAUUUCCACCAUAAUAAAGAAAUUCAGCGACA